UCCACACUUGGAUCUUUCCUUUCCAUUUCCACUAAUAUAAUAUAUUCAAUUUCAGGAUUAUUUUAUCAAAUCAUUUUCUGGGGUUUUCUUCUCUUCUUUGGUUGCAAUUUCUGAUUUCUUGUUUUCGUUUUUCAGAUUCCUGGUUUUGAGUUUUUCAAAUAACUGGGCAAAGUUUUUCUUUUCUUUGUUUUGGGGGGUUAAUGGGUGUGACUGUGUUCCGUGUUGUGUCAGUAUGAAAUUCUGAAAUGUAAUUCUAUGUGUUGGGGGUGGCUGUGAUGUGAUUCCAGAUCUUCUUGUUGCCUUCUCUGAACGAUUCAUGGUUUUUCAGCUUAGAUUGAUCUAUCAAUUCAGUGAAAAUCGGUCCUAAAAUGAAGGGUUCUUGAUUUUCUUGACCUCAAUCUCUUAGUUCCAAAGAUCAGUGUUAAUGAAUUUUGGCAGAUUGUAGAUACUGGGAGUUCGUUUGGAGCUGGAAAUCAUUUUAUUCAGGCACAUUGAGAGCUAUGAAUAGCAUGACAAGUGGGGGUGAUGCUCGGAAAAUGUCCAAGGGUCGCCGGUCAUCUUUCUUGGUUGAAGAAGCUGGUGGUGGAGGUAACUUGGGAGGUGAAGUUUCUUUAAAGAAAGGCCCAUGGACAUCAGCAGAGGAUGCAAUUUUGGUAGAAUAUGUCAAAAAGAACGGAGAGGGAAAUUGGAAUGCGGUCCAAAAGCAUUCGGGACUUGCCCGAUGUGGUAAAAGUUGCCGUCUACGAUGGGCAAAUCAUUUGAGACCAGAUCUGAAAAAGGGUGCAUUUACUGCAGAGGAAGAAAGCAAAAUCCUUGAGCUCCAUGCUAAGAUGGGAAACAAAUGGGCUCGAAUGGCUGCAGAGUUGCCUGGACGUACAGAUAAUGAGAUAAAGAACUAUUGGAACACAAGAAUUAAGAGAAUGCAACGAGCUGGCUUACCAAUCUACCCUGAGGAAAUAUGCCGACGGGUUCUUAGUGGCAAUCAAGAAAGUCUAAACAUCGGCACCUUGACAAAUGAAGCCAGCCAGCAUGAUGAUCUCUCACAAACAGAUAAUUUUGCUAUACCAGAUGUGGAAUUUAAAAAUUUCAAACUACGUCCAGGUCUAUCAUAUGGACCAUCAAUUUUUGACAUACCUGAAAGCAGCAUGCUUGAACAAAGUUCGGACUCAUCCCAUAAUUAUAAUAUCUUGUUCCCAAUGAUGCAUCCGUCAAAGCGCCUUCGGGAGUCAGAUAUGCUAUACAAUAGUUUGGGCAGUUGUAUCAGUAGUGCUGUCCCACUAUUUGAUCAGUAUGGCAAUUAUACUUAUGAGAAAAUUCCUGACCAUCCUACAUUGACUUCUCCAUGUGAUCCUAUUCUUAACACCAGUGAUCACUUUCAUGGUGAUAACCUUACUGGCAGCCAUGCCACUUUAAAUGGCAAUACCUCUUCUUCUACGCCCCUAUCUGGGGCCAUGAAGUUUGAGCUCCCUUCACUCCAAUAUUUCGAAACUCAACAAGGUAGCUGGGGCAUGCCCGCGUCCCCGCUUCCUUCACUUGAGUCUGUUGAUACAUUGAUUCAGUCUCCUCCAGUUGAGCCUAUUCUGUCGGAUCCAGUUUCUCCACAGAGCAGUGGUUUGCUGGAAGCAAUAAUCUACCAAUCAAAGAGCUUGAAAGGCUCAAAUACUGAUUCAUAUCAAGAGACAACUAAAAAUUGUGUGCCCAAUGAAGCAGUCAAGAGUUCAACAUCAAAUCCCUGUAAGACAGAAUGGGAUGAACAAGGGGACCCGAAUUCCCCCUUUGGUCAAUCUGCUGCUUCGGUUCUGACUGACUAUACUCCUAUUAGCAUGUGCUCAGUGGAUGGCCCCCAAUCAGUUGAAACCACUCAGGAUCAACAUAUUAAGCAUGAUGCAGUUACACAGUUCCCAGCAUACGAUUCAAGGAAGAAAGAAAAUACAAAUCAGAUAGAUUUUAUGCGGCCUGAUGCUUUACUCGACUUAGGUUGGUUUGGGAAUGGCACUGAGUAUGGCAAUGAUCAAUCUAUUCUAAAAGAUGCUUUUGGUUCAUUUCUUGGUGAUGAUUUCCAUGGUUAUAACUAGCAAGUAGGUGAUCAUGAUAUUGCUUUGGCCUUAGUAUAGUGCUUGUUCAUGAAACCACUUCAUUUGUUUGCCAACUUUCUAAACACUAAGGUCAAGUUUUUUCUAUUCUCAGUAACCUUUGGAACCUUCAGUUAUGGUGGUGGGUGAUAAGAGAUUUUAUGUCAGAUAUUUCAAGUUUAUCAAUGUUAUGAAGGUUAUGGUAUGCACUCUAUCUCAUGUUGUCACUUUGCAUGGUGUUGAUAUUGAAGAACUAUGAUGCACCGAUACUCCGAAUUUUUUUUCCCA